CAUAGUUAACUAUGGGACCUUUUGAGCGCAGGCAGAGUGCUGCUGGCACUACACAGUACGGCUGUCCCAGGAAGUACCCAACGCUGCUCUCUACCCACACUCUGUUGAUAAGGACUUCUGUCUUUCCUCUGAACCUUCUGAUUUGUAAGCUUGUUUUAGGUGCUUAUUAUGGAAGAACUGGAGUCUCAUCAUCAUCUUCAUGAACAACCAAAUUACAAGGUGACUUUUCAGCUUCCUGCAGUAAUAGCAGACACUCCGCACCGGGAACCAUUAAUACAGAUAUCUCCCAUGCCAGACAAUACAUUAUUGGCAUUAGGACAAGAUGGUCUUCUCUCAGUUUGGACAUCAGAUCUUAAACUGAAGAAAAGUCGGUUUAUUCUGGAUGAAAACAAACAACAAAACAGGAAAAUAAAAUGGAUUUCAGACUCCACACUGAUGCCUCAUUAUAACAAGAUAGUUGUUGGAACAUGUGACAGAGAGAUACGUCUUUAUGAACUCUCCAACUUUGAACCAUAUUGUCAGAUAGUGGGUUUUGAGACAAUACCACUGCACCUUGGUUACAGUCAGCGAGAUACUGAGGAGGGUGUUAUUUAUUUUGGUGAUGAGCAAGGAUGUGUUAACAUUAUUCUAAUUUCACGCAUGGCAGAAACUCUCAGGAACUGGACAAAAUGCCAAGCUGUGGAAGAAAUUCCUAGUAUUUCAAUAGAUAACAUUGCAGACCUAAGCCAUGUUAAGCUUGUUCGUUGGAAGGUGCACAAUGACUGGGUUACACAGAUCAGAUAUGUCCAUUCAAUUGAAUCAAUUAUUUCAAGCUCCAAUGAUGAUUACACAUCUCUAAUAAUAGGUUGCGUAGAGGGAACAAAAAAUUUGCAGAAGCGCUUAAAGGAUCUAAUGGAGUUUGGCAAUGUGAAGAGCAAACGCCCCUCGUUGGCCAGCCAUGCUCCUCUCAAAAGAAAUAUCAGUGAUGAAUCCCUCUUCAGGGUUAAAAGAGGCGUCAAAACAUUUGAUUUCUCCAAGGAAGCCAAUGUUCUUGUUACCGGAGGCAUGGAUAGGAUUGUUCGUAUAUGGAAUCCAUAUGUACCUGGGUGGCCCACUGGAUUACUGCGUGGACACUCCUCACCUAUAAGCUACAUACAGAUUGCUGAUGAAAACACAAAGAUCUAUUCAGUGUCUACAGACUGUGCUGUGAUGGUAUGGGACAUUGAAAAUCACAGCUGUCUUCUCAAUUGUAUAUCCAAAGCAAGUCAGGUCAGAGGAGAGCUUGCUACAUGUUACUUUUCACAUCAACUCCAUGCCCUCUACUUAGCAACUGAUGCCCUUGCUCUAUUGCAGAUACAAGAAAGUGCUACACAAAAUGGAUCGCCAUCUGUUUCUCACAAUGAGCCUGUCACCAGCUGUCUAUAUAAUCAUUUCCAUCAGCAGAUAAUUAGCUGCACAGAGGCUUCUGUUAUGAAGACUUGGGACCUUUUGACGGGACAGCUUAUCUGUGAAGUACAAGCAGAUGAUGGAUGGUCGGCUGUCACAUGCCUUGCACUGGACUCUGGUGGUAACAGACUGGUUACCGGCAGUAUGAAUGGCAGUGUUAAGCAGUGGGAUUACAUGUCAGAUUCCAUCACCUUCAUGAAGAUGCUGAGACUAGGAAGUUCAGAACAACCAAGAGUUGGAAUCAGUGACGUCACUUACGCAGAGCACAGUAAUUAUCGGUAUAUAAUAUCAGUUUCCUGUGAUGGACGCAUUCGAAUUUUCCAGGAUCAGCAUGAAGCAUCAAUUUCAGCUGAAGAUUACCCACAUUGCACCUGGGAAAAUCAUAUGACAGAAGGGAAAUUCUCCCUGGCUGCAUCGUCUUGGAAUCUCAUGGCUACAUCAAACUAUGCUGGUGAAGUCUGUGUGUGGAGCCUUGGAUCUGGAGAUGUAUUUUCUCACCUUAAGGUGCCAGAGGGAGAAGAACUUGACAAUGGAACAGAUGACUUGAUCAUCAACAAAGUUCUUUUCAUGGGCUCAAGAGUUGAGAGAGGAAAUGAAGCUGCAGUUUUAAUAGCCAGCGGACCUAAAGGCAAUAUUACAUUCUGGAGUAUUGCUGAUGGGGGCAAAGUCUUUGGAAGGUUUGCAGGUUCACAUUACAAGUCUGUUGUGAGUGAUAUAGCCAUCAGUGAAGAUGAUUCAAUCCUGUGUGCAGCUGAUGAGUACUUCUAUGUCUACAUUUGGGAUAUUUUAGAGUAUGCCUUGAAGGGACCAGAGGAAAAACCACCUGUCUUACUGCACUGCUGGAGAGCACAUCUUUGUGCAAUUAGCAGAGUUAUACCAGUGGUAAAGCAUAAGGUAAUAGUCACAUCAUCCCAAGACUGCACAGUAAAACUUUGGACAAUGCAUGGAGAAUAUAUAGGAACAUUUGGACAAGGCAAACCAUGGUGUAUUAAGCACACAGAAGUCAAGAAGGAAAGCAGCAAUAAAAAUUGCAUCUAUAAGGAACAAGUGUCACCUGCUGUGUUUGAAUCUAGACAAGAGCCAGAAGAACAAGCACAGGAAAACAAUAGCCCAGAGGGAGAGGUAUUUUCCAUCCCAAUAGAUGAAAAAGACAUUGCAAAAGAUCUAAGGAAGAUAACACACAACUCCAAAAACAGCAGGAUAAAAAAUGUGGGCUCUAAGCAGUUGGAACUCCAGCAGUCUUGGGGAAGACUCAGUGCUUAUAAAUCCUUACAGAUUUGUGACUUGAUGCCAGUGCCAGCUACCAUCCGGAAGCCAAACCUAAGAGCAGUACUCAAUGACCCAUAUGACCUGGCAUUCUAGCCCUGUUAGUCAUCAGUAACUCAUGAACCAAUGGCUGUUCUAAAUUUAACGUGCAUUGGGUCUGCCUAAAUAACAUUCGAGGAUGACUGGAUGUUGCUGGAGAUACUGUAAAUGUGAUUCCUGCUGAAAAAGCUUUAGUAACCAAAGCAACAGCCUCACUCCUCAUGGAGCCAAGCUUUCAGAGAAGGAUGCUAUGUAAUCUUUGUAACAGAAAAUUCCACACGUAAUCAUGGCAGCAUACAUAAAACAAUAAAUGCUCAACACAAAACAACAAUAUAUUGUAAAACAGUAUAAUCAUGCAUACUUGUAAAACAGGUUUGUAAAGCGAUGGUAUCACAUGGCAGGUUGAGUAAGUGACAAUACGAUCAAAGAGUUCUGUUACUCCCAGAAUUAUGGAGCGUCUUACUCCUAAUGCACAAAUAUAACCAACCUAUGGGAUCCUCUGCUAUAUAAACCUGUAAAAAACAUUAAUGUAAAAUAAAAUUAUUAUUUUGGUUCAUGAAGAAUAUACAACAUAGAUGUAAUACAAUAUCUUGCAGUAAAGUGCUAGAGAACACUCAAAGGCAGGUCCCACAUCUCUGUUGUACUUUACAGGUAAAACCAUAUGUACCAUUUUAGUUCUGUCAUGCUCAAUUAUGAAACAAAGAUGUAUACCAGGAUAUAUUUACUCUACUGUAUGUAAGAUAAUUAUAAUGUUCCUUUCAAUAUGUGAAGAUAAUAACAUUUAUAGUAUGCAGGAGGAACUAAACCACUAAGAAGAAAAAAAAGUAUAAAGUAAUAUAUUCCAAA